UUUUCUUCUUUUCCGCCUCGUGUCCUUUCUGGUAGCCAUUGUCGUCGCGUUAGCAAUUUUAAUUUUGUGGUGUCUACAAAUAUCGAAAUUAUUUGUUCAAAAUGAUUAUUUACAAGGAUCUUAUCUCUGGGGAUGAAAUGUUCUCAGAUACAUAUAAAAUGAAGUUGAUCGAUGAUGUCCUUUAUGAAGUAUAUGGGAGAGUAGUGUCGAGGCGUUUGGACGAUAUUGUCUUAACUGGGGCAAACCCCUCUGCUGAAGAAGCGGAUGAAGGUACAGAUGAGGCAACAGAAUCAGGAGUAGAUAUCGUUUUAAAUCAUCGUCUACAAGAAUCGUUUGCAUUUGGAGAUAAAAAAGCAUUUACACUCUAUCUUAAAGAUUAUAUGAAAAAAUUAAUUUCAAAAUUGGAAGAGAAAUCUCCAGACCAAGUUGACUCAUUCAAAUCUAACAUGAAUAAAGUAAUGAAGGAUAUUCUUGGCAGAUUUAAGGAUUUGCAAUUUUUUACUGGUGAAUCAAUGGACUGCGACGCAAUGGUAGCUAUGUGUGAAUAUAGAGAAAUUGAUGGUAAAAGUGUACCUGUAUUCAUGUUCUUCAAACACGGCUUAGAAGAAGAAAAAUGCUAAUUGCUACAUAAUCAUUUAAGCACCACAUAAUUUAUGCUGUAAACUAAUUGUCUAAAUAAAAUACUGUAUUUACCAAUAUUAUAUUUUGUUCUAAAAAUUUAUAUUAAAAACGAUCAUUUCAUUUUGUAUCCAAA